AAAAAUAUAGAGGCUCAUCAUUCAGUCACCAAGAAGAUGAGUUGUUAUGUCAAGUGUAUUUAGAAAUUUCACAAGAUCCAAUAGCUAGCAAUAACCAAGCUACGAAAAAAUUAUGGGAAAAGAUAGAAAAAAGUUACAAUGAACAAAAAAUCGAGAGUUGGGAGAGUAGAAGCAGUAGAUCUUUACAAGGUAGGAUGAUUGUUAUUCUCUAUGCUGUCAGGAAUUUGAAGAGUUGUGUCCAACAAGUGGAGAAUAUGCAUCCAAGUGGAGCAUCCAAACAAGACAUAAUGGAUAGAGCAAAGACCUUACUGACACAAGAUCCAAAACUUACAAAAGGUUUUAAGUUUGAUCAUGUGUGGAUUUUGAUGAAGAAUAUUCCGAAGUUUACCGACAAUGUCCAUAUUAAUAUUCCAGAAACUCCCACUGCUGGAACUGAUACGGUUGGAUCUCCAACAUCACAGUCUCCUGGAUUGUCUUCAUUUCAAUCAAUUUAA